CGGUGCGUCACGUGACCGCAGGCGGGCAACGGCUGAUGACGUUUGAGCCCGCGCUUGGUUAAGGGAGGAUUUGGGGUCCUGUUGUGGAAAGUCGGGGUGCAGCCGGACGGAGCUGGGAGGGACGGCAGGUAAAAAUUCAAGAUGCCGGGGCGUUCCAGUUCAAAUUCAGGUUCAACUGGUUUUAUAUCCUUCAGCGGUGUAGAAUCUGCUCUCUCCUCCUUAAAAAACUUCCAAAACUGCAUCAACAUUGGAAUGGACACAGCUUCUAGUGUUGCUUUUGAUCUUGUGGAAACUCAGAGUCAAAUUUCAUUCCUUUGUAUGCACGUGGCUAUCCAGUUGUCCCAGCACUGUUCUUUCCCCAAUGAAUGGUCUUGGUACCAAGUCGAAACUGAAGUGAGUAGUGAAUACAGUAUGGAUAAGGCGAUGGUUGAAUUUGCUAUGAUGGAUCGGGAACUAAAUCAUUAUGUAAAGGCUGUUCAGUCGACGAUAAAUCAUGUAAAAGAAGAACGUCCAGAGAAUAUACCAGAUCUAAAGUUAUUAGUGGAGAAGAAAUUUUUGGCUUUACAGAAUAAGAAUUCUGAUGCAGACUUUCAAAACAAUGAAAAAUUUGUGCAGUUUAAACAACAGCUGAGAGAACUGAAGAAGCAAUCAGGGAAACCUAAAGAAGAUGGAGGACACAGUGAGGUCGACAAGAUUAAGGAUAAGGAUGCGAGUAGAGCAGGCAAUGAACGAGGAACUGCCAGGCUGUUUUCCAAAGCGGCUGCGCCAUUUUACAUUCCCAGCAGCAGUGUGUGAGGGUUCCCAUCUCUCCUCGUCCUCGCCGACACUUGUUGUUAUCUGUCUCUUUGACUGUAGCAUCCUAGUUGGUGUGAAGUGUUAUCUCAUUGUUUUGAUAUGCAUUUCCCCUGAUGGAUUGAUAUUGUGAUAUUUAUUUUACCAACCUACGUCAAAAGCUUCAAUCUGAUACUUUCUUAUGUGCCUAAUGGAAACUGUCUUUCAUUACAGGAUUCUUUUCUAAAACAAAAUCAUAGUUCUGUUCAAGACAGAUGUCAUGUAUGGGGUUAGAGUUAUACCCGAAAGAACACAAGGGUAAAGGAGUUAAUGUUACACACUCAUCUGGGAAAUUUGUUUUGCAGUGUGAAAUCAUUGACAAUGUUCCGAGGCCUUUAUCUAAGGCACUCAAGUAUGAUUAUGUGACAUUUACCGGAUAAUCCGGACAGCACUUUGAUUAAACCCACGGUGUGAUGUCAUCCAGUAAACACUUGAAAGUGGAGAUGCAUGUCUCUGCUGGUUUUAUCAGUUAAGAUUAGCAGUGGUUCACGGCACAGUGAACUUUUUCUCCGUAUCCAUCAGUCUGUGUCUCAUUGUGAGCCAAUAAUCUGUCACCUGAAACUCCUUAAAAUAGGUUGGACUUUCUUGAAUGUUGUGUGGCUGUGAUGACAUCGGGUUUGGCUGCAGAAGAAGGAAAAGCACCUUUUUAUGGCUUUGGUUUGCCUCCAUAUCCCUUGUUUCCUGUAAAAGCACUGUGAUUGUUAGCCCUAUGCUUGUCUCCCUAGACUUGAGUUCGUACCCCUUGUACCUCCCAUCUCUUCCCUUUGUGGCAACUCCUAGUCGGUUAUCUCUGUGUGUCUGUCAAAGAAAGAAGAAGAUGUGGGGCUCAGAAGGUGUCAGUUUCACCAUCUUGAUUUCACCGGAUAGCAAAUAGGUAAAAAGCGCCUCCACAAAGCCAUUUGGUGAGAAACCAAAACCAAAUUAAAAGUUGGUCAGAAUUCAGAGGAUGCUUUCUUCAGAGAAGGUCUCAGUUUUCUCAGAAAGUUCCCCCAAAAAGAGACCCUGAGGGAAGAUUGAUCAUCCUCCCCGACCCACAGAGAAGACCUCCCAGAUCUAGAUUGUCCUCCUUGGGCUCGGCACACCUGCCUGCAGUUAGCUCGGCUCUGAGUGGGCUGGGAGGACCGAGGAGGGAAGGAGAAAGGCCUAAGAGUGGAGUGGAUCAUUAGUCCCUUCACAGUGUAUCACACAUGUUCUGCCUUAUUUGCGCCUUGACUUUUAAUGUGCAUUAAAUGUAGCUUAGUUGGGUGGGGGGUUAGGGGGAAUCAGGUAGAUUUAUGGGCAGAGCUUGAAUUUUGCCUCCCCAAGUAAAGGGAAGCAAUAACUUUAUAUAUUUAAGGAGCUGGGUUUGUUUGUUUGUUUCUUGGUAAUUUAGCUUUAGUAAAUUCUAUUUUGAGCCUUCUAUUAACUAAAAUAUUAUUUGGGCUAAAACUUAAGCAUAUCGUUGCCCAAUGGUAAUUGUUGCCUCUAAUGAAGACCCUGAAUUACUGUGUGACCCUGACCCGUGUGCCUUUAGAACUAUCCAAGAACUAAAUGCUAUUUAUUAAAGUCUUAGUAGGAAUUAUACUUUAGAGUCAUAGUUUUGCAAAUGAUUAACCCUUGAGUGGUAAUAAAAAUAACAGUGAUAACUAGAGCUCGUCAAGCAUGGAUGUGUGCUGAGCGCUGUAGUAAUAGCUGUGCAUUGGUGAUCCGUGUCCUUCUGUUCAGGACACUCUGAAACGGGCACCAUUAGGGAUUAUGUCCAUUUUGCAACGUGAGCUUUAAUGACAUUUCAUGCUUGCCUUAUUCGGAGCUUGUGCCCUUAGCGUUUCAACAAUCAACGUCCUCUGUGUACCUGGCAUCUUUAAUGAACACUGUAGCCCUCCCUUUCCAGUGCCACAGCACAUACUAGAAAGGGAGGGGUGUGAGAGAGAAAAUGAGUGAAUGAAUGAGAGAUGAUAGCAUACCUCGAAUACAGAAGCAAGCUGGUGAGUUUUGCAAUAGUAGAGCCUUUUUGUUGGUUUGUUUUUGGGGAGGGGGUCAUAGUUGUUUCUAUCAGAGCUUUUAAGAUUGCCUUCCCCUCCUUCAUGUUGUUGCACAUAAACAUGAGGUGAAGACUGCUAAAGAGAAGCCCACCAAGGUAGGAAAAUGGCCAAGAUGUAUCUUUCCUGGAAUGAAAAUGGAUCAGCGAUUUUAUUUCUUUCCUCUUAAGAAAUCUAAAGAACAUUACUUAUACCAGUUUUCCCUCCAAAAACCAAGGACCUCUGAUUACUGUUUUGCAUAGAAAACACACCAUACGUUUAGAAAUUCAAGAAGUAUUUGCCUUCUCGCUGUAAACCUAGUUAUUCGUGGUCAAUUAAAUUACUCUUAACUUCGAUUAAAUUGCUAUAAUCACUUCACUGGGCCACUUACUGUAAGAGAUCCUAAAAUCAAGGAAUUAAUUAACAUCUCACAUCCACUCACAGGCACACCCAUUUGUAACAGCCUUUAUUUCAUACCGUUCAUGCUUUUCAGUUAAGGUAAGUGAGGAUGAUGUCACUAAAGUUACGUCCCUAUACAGUAAAGAGCCUGGCAAAAGGCAGCCCUUUUGCUAAUAUCUUCUCCAGUGUCAGGUGUGGAAUCGCAGAUCAGCCCUGGAGCUUGUCUCACCCCGAGCUCCCCUGCCCUGAGGGUCACAGUUCUAACCGCCCUGUACAGUCUCACUCAGUAGUCACCGUUGGUUGAGGCACCUCCUGGGACAAGCAGCUCAUUCCAUUUCCAGGCAGCUCUCAACGAUGGGAAUGAUUUUCUGUGUCAAGCCAAAUUCUGUGUCCUUUGAUGCCUGCUUCUCAACACUAACGCUUCCGUCUGGAAUGAAACAGUGAGAACUGGAGUGGACUUUCUCCAUUAACUUUCACUGGUUACUUACCGAGUGCAGAGCAAUUCUGAACUGUUGCGGAGGUGGAUUUGUUAGUGUUGUGCUUCCUAACACUGACCCUGGCUGUGGAAGAAACAGCCUGGGCUCUGGAGUCAGACAAGAGUGGGAAGAGUGCUGCCUGCACGCCCGCACUGGAGCAAGCACUUCAUAAACGUUAACGCAUUCACCCUGACCACAGCCCUCUGACGUGUGUGCUCCAUUUUACAGAUGAGAAGACUGAGACACAGAGUUAAGAAACUUGCUCAAAAUCAGCCGGCCAGUAAGUGUCGGAGCCAGCAUUUGGAAUCGGGCAGUCUGGCCUCAGAGAGCCUCCUCUCCAUCCCCUGGCGAUGCUGUCAGCAGCGCUUCAAAUCCCGAGAGUGCAUUGUUAGGAGAGGCAAGAGGUUCCUCCAACUGCUGCCUUUAUUGUCCUCUUCUGUGGAAAUGGACCAGGUUGUUAUAAGAACCAAAUGGAAUGCCAUUGCACGUGACCAGUGGUUCUUAUGGGUUUAGUUUUAUGGGGAGGGGAGGGUUCUGUCUUUUUUUGGGUUUUUUGGUGUUUGUUUGUUUUUUUUUUUAUUUAGGCCCCACCUGCCCUGGAACUUCUGAUUCAUUUAAAUACUUUGUGGUAUGUGGUUUGUUGUCAUCAGUUUGAGACUCAUGUCUACAUUGCUUCAGAACAAGCAGGAUGUGUUUUUUUAAAUUAAUCUCGAUAACCAGCACAAAAUUUAGUCAGCAUUGAUAGGACUAAGUUUGGGGGAUUUAGAGAGUCUCACUGCAAAAUCCCAUCGGGAUUGUUCCUCAGAUGCUUAACAGUGUGCUUCCCUGCCCCAUUGGCUGCGGAAACACUCAUCUGCAUGCGGACUCCAGGCCCCACAGCUCAUAGCCUGAUGCCGGUUAAAAGGAAUGCGUUGUUCUUUCCCCUGCAGUGACCCAAUAAACUAGUCUGAAAGUAAGCCCUUGAAAAUAUUGUCAGCAUCCCUUACAAACAUUUUGUAUUUUUAAAACUGUACAUAGUAGAACUCAAGAGCUUAUAAAUAUUCUCGUUGAUACAGGCUUCUCAUCAGCCAAUGUGUUGGCUGAAUCGAGAGGAAAUGACGAUUUAUUGUGCUGCCUUUUGCAGAGAGGAAAGACCCCUCAGGAAAAUGUAAAUGGCUCUUUGAAUACAUUUAUGUAAUGAGAAUUAGGGGUAAUGAAUUCAUCGAGGCCAGGGGGAGAACUUUUGAGCAGAUGGCAAGGACAUUGGGUUUGAAGACUGUUCCACAUAAUCGUGGCUUUCUUGAACUAGAACUGGGUCCUGUCGAGGGCUAUGCCAUUUGGAUCUCAGUCUGAGUCAGGUCAAAGGUGACAAGGCAGAUUCGGAGAUCUCCGAGGUUGUGGUAUCGCAGGAGGGCGGUCCUAGUCCAUUCCACAGUCAUUUAUGGGACUCCUCUGUUCCUGAGGCACGGAGGGUACGAGCAUGUGGCAUUGCCCCUGCUCCCCAUGUCGGAGGACAGGUAGUUUCCCUGCAGUUCAGCAAGCGUCAUGGUGGAGGACAGAGGCUUAGCCUGGAGGGGAGGCAGGAGGCCGAGGACAGGGCUGGUCUGAGCGGCUUCAGUGGGGACAGGGUGCUGAUGUGAGUCCUGAAGGGUGGAUGGGCACUAGAGGGGGAAGGAGUGACGGAGGACAUUCCAGCUGACCUCUGUGUCCUCGAACAGCUCUUUAGCAUCCUGCCUAACCAGCAGCAGCGGCUCCAAACAGUGCCCUGUCCAACCCACCGACUUCAAAGCCUGUCAUUAUUUGUUGGAGAAAAAAGUCACUUCUGUGUCUCAAUGAUCGGCCGGAUUUGUGAAGAAUAAGUUGUAAUAAAAACAAAGCAAAACAUUUGGGCCUUUCUGCCCCUGAAGUGAACAGUCUGCCUUACCACUUGGUCUGACCUGCUGCAUCAUAGCCCGAGCAGGAUGAGCUGAGGAAUCUGCUGGAACCCCAGCAGCAGGGGCCAGUGGAGGAGGCGCCGAGGAAAGUCGCCUGCCUGUAUUGCUGGCUUCAGAAAGGACUGUGAAAUCAGGGAGAGUCGGACAGUAAAUAGCAUUCAAAACAGUCAUCCGCCUGGAGGUAGUAGGGUCAGUGGCACAUGACAUCAGCCUACAUCACUCACUAGCUUUGUGACCUUCAGCAAAUUACUUAACCUCUCAGAGCUCGGUUGUCCCUAAAAUAAGCACUGAUAGUAAUACCUCACCACACGGUGAAGGGUGGGGUGAGGAUUAAAUGAACUGAUUCGUGGAAGCAUUUGGAAUAGCUUCUUGUUAAGGGUAGGAGCCAGAGUCCCGGUUCUCUCAGAAGCAGACCCAAACAUACCAAGACCUCUGCAGUUAGGUAUUUAGUCCAGAGUUCAGUCCUCCAGAGGCAUUAUUAGCUUACUGUACAAGCCAGUUCAUUCAUUCUUCAUUCAACACAGACUUGGAUGUCUCCUCUGAGCCAGGCACUGCCCUCAGCACAUCAGACCAUGUGGGGCACUUGGUGUAUGAGUAAGCCUGACAGGUGGCAGCAACGACAAAGAUGUCCACAUGGAGUGGGUGAGGGGAAGAAAAGCAGGAAGUGAGAUCAGAGGUAAUGAGGGGCAGAUCUGGAAGGGCCUCAAAGCCAUUGGAAGACUUUGACUUUGAGAACAAUAUGGGGUAAGAAUUGAGAGAGGAAUUCUAGCAAGUACUGCUGAUUAUUGAGCUUAUAGAUAUAGCAGGCACUGUGCUAAAUGCUUCACCCCUGUUGUUUGAUUUGAUCAGAUAGAAAAAGCAGAUUAGAGCAAUGAUGCAAGGCAAAUGACAUUGUCCCCAGAGAGGAGACGGAGAUGUGGGUUAGGGAGCCAGCCCGGGGCAGUGGGCAGGUCCGGGUCUGUGGGACUUUCAGGAUGUUACACUGGAAUUUAGUGAGUGUAGGAAUGUGCCUGCCACCAGAAUGCUUGUAGCAAGACUAUUGUAGAUUCCACUCUACAGGCCCACUGCUGGGAACCGGGCAGGACUCGGCGCCUGUGCAGCCGGAGGACUCUGGACACAGGGACAGAGUGUCUGCUGCACUGUGCUCAGCACCCACAGGGCUUUCCCCGGGACACUGAGCAGGAGGACCCAGUGUUGCAGCUCCAGCCUCAGGCUUCCAACGUCUUCUGUUUGUCCAACGGACACAUGAGAUGAGCUCACUCUUUCCACACGUACAGACCCCGCUGUCGCUGUGUGCUUUUUUAAGGGCAGAGUAGAAUCAAAGCCCAAAAUACCACAGGUUCGAUUUCCUGUUCCUGACCACACUAGACCAGAAAAUGAGGCAGCUUUCAGAGCAGCUGUCUCCACCCGUGAACCUGCACUUCAGCUUUGACUCAGAGGAGCCUGUGGGAACUGUCAGACUCUUGACUUUGCAAGAUGUUGCUCGCAACUGGAUGGAUACCUGCAAAGUCUGGCUGAAUGUGCGUCAGCCACUGCAGUGCAGAACAUGGAGGCAGACAAGUCUUGUUGACCAUAGAUCGUUGGUUUUGCAGGAGCAGAUGAGCACCUACCUGACACUCCUCUUAACCCACACUCAACUAAUUCGACAUUUGUGAUGACUAUUAAAGGAUGUGAAUUUUCCCCACAAGUGUAUAAAUUAGCUGCCCAUAGCAAAGGACCAUGCUAGGUGCUAAGAAGGCAAAGGGUCUCUGCGCCCUCUAGCUGCUUGGGAAGGACAAGUAAUUUCCAUGGUGCAUUCCAAGUGCUCUGUCACCCUGCUCCAGUUGCUAUACACAAAAUCAUCUGCACAGACUCAGCAACGACAGAAUAGAAACUGCAGUUAAACAGCACAGGUGAUGGGUGGCAGCUCCUUCCUUCAUCUGGUGCCAGCCAAAGAAACGGCCUUCUCCAACGCUAAAAGGGACAUUGGCUGUGUUCACUCAACCUUCCUAAGCGAUUAUCCGGUUGGCUCUGAUUUAUAUGAAAUUUCCUUUUGUGCCUUGACUUUUAGAGCUUAUUUCUGGAGAUAAGAAGGGAAGUCAUUGCUCUGACAGAUGUACAGGCUGGAGGCAAACCCGAUUGUGAAUGGACAGAUUAUUUGACUUGCAUUAGUGGAUAAUGAUUAGCCUUAUUUUUUUCAUCUGUAAGACAAGGAUCAUUGUAUUUAUUUCAUUGGCAUUGGUGUGAUGAUUAAGUAAAAAAAAAAAAAAAAGAACGGUUCUGACAAGUUAUGGACAUAAGCGAUAGUUCCCACCGUAUUUCUUAAAAAUGCAGAUGGGGACUUCACCUGUGGGAGCCCAUGAACGUUUCCAGGCAGCGGAGUGACAUGAUCAAUGUAGGUGUUGACAGAGAUGACUUGGUGUCACUGUGAUGUAUGAGCUUUCGUACAGAGACCUGAAGCAAAUGGUGACAGUCGUUUAGAUGCAACAAGGGCCUGAAUGAGGGCAGGAGCCGUGGAGAAGGAGAGGACAAAGCCAGGUUAGGAGUCUGAGGAGCCGAAUUUAUAGAAUUGGGGACUGUGACGUAAGAGGGAGCGGAGGGACCAUCAGAAGUAAAACAUGGCUUUGAGUUUUCCAGUAGAGGAGGCUGGAUGCAUGGAGACCGAAUGGACUGGUAUGGAGAACAAUAAAAGGUGCUGUUUGCUGCAGGCUGAAACUGUAUACUGGCUUAGAGCUAAGGAAUUUCCUAGAUUAGGUGAUUUCGUCUUCAUGACAACUCUGGAGUAAUACUGUGCCUUCUUAGAGAAGUAGAAAUCUAAGCUCAAAGAAGCCCGACCUUGUACAACUAGAGAAUCUGAACAUGGACUUGUCUGACACCAAAGUCUCCCGGUAAUUGCAGCAGUAAAUGUGCCCUCACUCAGGAGAAGGGAAAGGGAGUAAGGCUGGGAAGGUGAAGAUAAAGCUGGGUUCUGGAAAUGUUCACUUGAGUGGCUCACGGAAGGCAGGGGAUCUGAGGCCAGCUGGAAAACCAGACCUGGAGUUUGGGGGGAGGCAGGGGAGAUAUAAAAACUUGGGCGUUGUUGGCAUAUGGUUGUUGUAGGGGAGUGAAUGAGAUCACCCAGCAAGGGACGUCGAGUUAAAGAGAAACAGACUCCAAGUACAGGGAAGUUAGAAGGGGGAUGCUCGCCUCGUUUAGGUCUGUACAAACACACACCUAUAUACAAUGUGCUUUUUCUGACCAAAGGGUGGCAUUGUGCUGUGGUAUCUAAAUUCACAUGGCGUUAAUUUUUCAUUGGCUAGGUAUUGAGCGUUCACUGUGUCAGUCAUUGUUAGAGGCGGGAUCCCGCCUCCUCUAGUGGAGAGCCAUAAACAAAAAAGCAGUUACACAGCAGUAACAAGCCAUCGUCAAUGACCCUACAGGCUUUGGAGUUAUUACCGAGUGCUCUUUUAGGGGCCCAUGUAAGACUGGCACCAAAGCCAGACUCGGGAGUUAAGAUCACAGGUCAUAAUGGGAAAUAAGAUUAUAUUUAAAAAACAACUGCUAGGCCUAAAAAUAACCAGAGAUUAUAUCUUUAGAGAAAUGCUUGCGAAUAAUCACAAGAAAAACUGAGAUAAUAUAUGCGAAGUCAAUUUGGUUAUAGUUUAUGCAGGAAGCUGGGUGUUUGAAGUGUGCGAGGCAGAAGUUAUACAUAGGAUUCCUUCUGCAAGCCUUUCAGGAGGCCCAGGCUCCAGCUCUCAGUCAGCCCCACACGGGUACCUUGUUUCUCAAGUGUUGUAACUUGUUUUCCAUUGAGCAGCAGAUGAAGUAGUUGGCUUGCCUGGAGGAGCCAUGUUAUAAAAAAAUAAAAAUCCCACUUAUCUUUGAAUCACAAACUUGCACUUCACACAAGACCUGUGUAGUAAGGGAGGCGUGCAGGGUGCUGGGGCCACUGAGAAACUGCUGCUUCCACCACCCACACCAUUCUCUCUCUCUCUCUCUCUCUCUCUCUCUCUCUCUCUCUCUCUCUCUCUCUCUCUCUCUCCUCCCCACAAUGAGUAUGCUUGAAUGUAUGUGGCUGUGCAGCUCAGCUAUACAAAUAUUAGUCAAAUGUGCAGAUUGAAAUUUCGUAGAUUGUUCUCCUGUAUGCAUGAUUGCUCUGAAACCUGCAUAAAAGGUGAAAGUAGCAAAUUUCCAUUGGAACAGAAAAUUCCCAGGCCUUCAUAUUAUGCAGUGAGUAGCCCAGUCUCUAACUGUGGCUGUUACCUCAUACCCAUUUUGAGAGGUUAUCUAGCUAAAUGGUUAAGAGCUCAGCACUGGAGCCAGACUGUCUAAGUGUGAAUUCCUGUUCCACGCAUCACUAACUGUGACCUUAGGCAAAAUACUUAACCUCUGAGUUUAAGUUUCGACCUCUGUAAAAUGGGGAUGAUGCAGCACCUACAUCCUUGGGGUGGUGUGAGGAAUAAAUACGUUCAUACAUGUAAAGCACGUAGAACUGCACCUGGCAAAUGCGUAGAAAGCAGUCUGUCACGGUUCGGUCUUAGUGCCACUGCUGUGCUAUGCCAGCGGGUUAGACAGCAUGUUCAGAUGAGAGCAGGCCAGUGAGCACGGAGUUCCCCCAACCCAUUGUAACUCAGUCACAGGCCAGCUCUCCUGUCACUCAGCGUGGAGACAAGAGUCCCAAAUCUGUCGCCCCUUCCUCGCUUUUAACAUGAGGUUCAGUGGUCCCCAUGAGGUUCAUGGUAGAACAGUGGGUUGUCAAUUUCAAGCUGAAUAGCCAGAGACAAGGAACUUUCUCUUCUUUAAAAUAGACACCCCCUUCCUUCCAAACACAUGUGCAGUGGCUAUGUUUAGAACUCUUCCGCGAGCAGUAUGGAGAGAGCUGAGAGCCUGGUGUAUGGCAUGAUGCCUUGUGCAUGAUAAGGAAGAUAGGCAGGCAGCCAGCCGGCCGCCGUGUGGUCUCCCUCUGUACGUGUUGUCAGAUCAGCAGGGAUUUUGCUUCUUUUCUAGCUGAACUUUUCCAUCCACCCUGCUGAGCUGCCAACUGGAGACCCUGGUUGACACAUCCCUUGGGUUCCUGGGUCUCUAGCAGCAGCAAAGAACAAAGCCUAGAUUUCUAACCACGGGGCAUGAGCCCCAGCGUGGAGUCAUUAUUCAGAUCUCAUUCUCUGAGGCCACAGAACAUCUCCCUCACUGAACCCCUUCCCUCACCCGCCCUACAGAUCUGACACCGUCCCCUUCCACUGGCAGGCUGCACAGUGGGAAACUGGGCAUUGCUCGCAGAAUAAACUCAUCAGCUUCUCGGACUUAUUUCUAAAACCCCACACAGUAGAGUUAUGAAGAGCCUUUUGACCAAGCAAUGGCAUAAUUUACUCUCUGGAGGAUGUGUCCAUCUUGUUUCCUUUUAACUGCUUUAGGGUUAAAGCCAUCACUGUGGUCACAGAGGGCAGACACUAGAGUCUCGGCACUGGAUCCAGCCUGCAGAUGUGUUUGGUUUGGCCCGCGUAGCUGGACAUGCAUACAUCAGUUGCAACAUGCAAAAAUGAGAGAUUUCACAUAACAGUCUGUAUUUCCAACUUCUUGUUUUAAAAAUUCCAAAUCGGACAACACUCCCGCAUGGCGUAGUCUGCCUGUGCGGGCAGCAGGCUGCGCCACUUCGCCUGGUCCCACCUGGUGCUCCCUCCCAGGCCCAGAGGCGUCAGAGUUUUUAAUUCUUAGAGCCUGACGCUGUUUUUGGUCUUGCUUUUUGUUAACAAUAUGAUCCCAAUUGAAAAGUGAAAAUUCUUCUCGUUACUCCCCAUGACCUAAAUGUAAUAAGAUGCUAAGUACUGAGUCUCGGGCCUUUGCUCUCUGCUUUGAGAUGAAAAAGUCCCAAGUAAAACAUUCAUUGUGUCAUUUACUUAAAAAUCACACAGUUGAAAGUUCUCCCACCUGAUGUGUUCCCCGAGUCAGAGAACAAUCUUUUUCUUUUCUUUUUUCUUACCUCUUUCAUUGGUGGCAUUUUAUGCUGUUCUGGUUGCUACCAGUAAUACAGGCUAAACAACAACCCAAAGUUGCACCCUCUGGCCUCGUCCUUAGUCAUCUGCUUUGGCGGCUGAGGCAGUGGAAGUUGUAGGCUAUAUCUGGGGACCGGAGCACGGCGAUCUAGAGGGGAAAUAAUGUUUCACUUCCACGGGCUGAACACUGAGUCAUGGGGCCCCAUAACCCAAAGGUGAUGUGAACAGUUUUUCUAAAUUUCUUCCUCUGGGAACCAUUUGCUUCUCCCUCUCUCUCUUUUGAGCUGCAAGACCAGCCUCCCCAGCCCAAGUUUUUGCAGCUUCCUCCCUCCCCCUAACCCCCAAUCCAGGCAGGCAGGCGUCAGUUGCUACAGUCUGCCCCAGUUCAAGCUCUUCUUCCUGUGAACAUUUCUUUACUCUGUAGAUAGGAGUGCAUUUCUGGAACCACCUGCCAGCCCCUGAGGGCAUUGGAGCAUGAUAACAUGAGGCAGGCCAGCAGCCCGUGAAAGGAUUGUGUCAUGAGAGUACAACGUGGAGUUAGUUAUUGCUGGCAGAGAAGUUUAAUCGGUUUGCACAAAUUCAUUAAACACUUCGAAGGCUUUGCAUAAAAAGUCGUAAGUGAAUAUUAGUGAUUCAUUGCAUUGUCAUCAUUGUUUCAGCUUGCCAUGGAGCUGUUUAUUAGUUUGUCCAAAUUCCCACGACUCCGAUUUCACAUCAGGUUGCGGACUCCUUCGAAACGUUUUUCAUAGCUUCAGUAGGUCUGAAAUUUCAGAGUGUUGAGCAAGGCCUACACUGAGCUAGGACGUGAUCUAAUAAGGUUGGACUGUCAAAACAAGAAGCACCAGUCUGUGGUUAUAAGGUUUUUAAGAAGGAAAUGUUAACACUCUGCAGUGAGAACCUCAGAAAGAUGAUAACACAGGCUGGGUCGGAAGCCAGUUUCUUUUUCGUUUCUGCUGUGGUCAGUGGGACACUGAGGCAGAGACUCUGACGUGGGAUGAGAUGUGAUUAAACAAGCUCGGUAGAUGGUAUCUUCCUAUUGGGAAACGCUAAUCACUUAUGUAAUUAGUAGGAUGAGACAUCAGAAAAUGCUGGAAAUGUUUCGCAGGGACCCCGAAGGGCACUCGAGACUGGCUCCAAAAUGCUCAACUAGAGAAGCUGCGCCAUCAGCCAGGAGCUCAGACUGGAGUGGGACGGGAGUGAUUCCAUUCCCAGCCCUCCAGCUGUGAGAUGGCAGGCAGGUUUUUAACCUUGUUGCUCUUCGGUUUCUUUAACCCUAAGAGGGGGAUUGAACAUGAUAGAGUUGUCAUGGGGAUUAGGAGAGAGAAUGCGUGGAGAAUGCUUGGAGCAAUCUAGUCUAUGAUACGUGCCCUAUAAGUGAUAGAAGUUGCUGCUGGUCACAGGGAAAUUCGUACUCACUUUUUGUUUUGGCGAUUUAUUGUGGUUUUUAAAAUAAAGACUGCUACCACAGCUUUUAUCUCUAAGUUUUCCUUAGUGUUCUGUAUACCUACCAGUCUCUUAUUCCUUCUCCACUAAUCUUUGACUCUCUCAGCCAAUCUAAUGAGUAAUCUAAUGACUAGAUUAGCCAAUGUCAUGAGUAAAUGCUCAGGGCCCAUCUGAGCAGAGGUUUAGGCUGACUCUGGGGCUGAGUCACGGGGAGCUGUUUCAAGCUUCGUUUCUUUGUAUCCUGUUCACUUACUGAAGACCAUAAAUUUUACAUCAUCCCUGCUGCUGAAUUACAGUGUAAUGAUUAACAAGAUAUGUUUGUGAAAUGCCUUGUGUGUUUGUAAUCACCUAUAAUAAAGCAUUAAUAAAGCA